GUCAAUCACUCUCUCUAUUAUCUUUCUCUCCGCACGCACUUAAACGCGCGCCUCGUUUUCCUAUACUCACCACAGCAGAGCCCAAAUCCAGCAUUUUCGGGGUCGAAAAUAUAGAGAGAGGUCUUUCCCAGAAACCAAACAGCCCAAGAGAAAAAAUGCAGAGAUUCUUGACGCGGAAGGUAUUAUCGGGAAGAGAAUUACAUGGGUGGCAGCGUUGCUUCUCUCAUGCAGCUCAGAAAGAGGCCUCACUCCACGACAAUGGCGUCGCCGAUGUUGCCAUCCCUAAAAUCCCUCACUUCGAUUACUCUCCACCGCCGUACGAAGGUCCCUCUGCCGAUGAGAUUUUGGCCAAGCGCAAGGAGUAUCUCAGCCCUUCCAUGUUCUACUUCUACAACAAACCGCUGAACGUGGUGGAUGGAAAGAAGCAGUACUUGUUCGACGAUACUGGGCGGAGAUAUCUGGACGCAUUUGGAGGGAUUGCUACGGUGUGCUGUGGCCACUGCCACCCUGAUGUGGUUGACGCCAUCGUUUCCCAAACAAAACGCUUACAACACUCCACCAUCCUCUACCUCAACCGCGCCAUAGCUGAUUUUGCUGAGGCUCUCGCAUCCAAGUUGCCUGGAAAUCUCAAGGUGGUGUUCUUUACGAACUCUGGGACUGAAGCUAAUGAGUUAGCGAUGAUGAUAGCGAGAUUGUACACGGGUUGCCAUGAUAUUAUAUCGUUGAGAAACGCGUACCACGGUAACGCUGCUGGGACCAUGGGGGCCACCGCACAGUGCAACUGGAAAUUUAAUGUCGUACAGAGUGGAGUUCAUCAUGCUCAAAACCCAGACCCGUAUAGAGGAGUUUUUGGUUCAGAUGGAGAGAAGUAUGCUAGAGACGUCCAAGAAAUCAUUGAGUUCGGAACUUCUGGAAGCGUUGCUGCUUUUAUAUCUGAAGCUAUACAAGGAGUAGGAGGAAUUGUUGAAUUGGCACCAGGUUACUUGUCUGCAGCAUAUAGCAGCGUAAAGAAAGCAGGUGGCCUUUGUAUUGCAGACGAGGUCCAAUCUGGGUUUGGUCGCACUGGGAGCCACUUCUGGGGAUUUGAGACCCAGGGCGUCGUGCCUGACAUAGUAACAAUGGCAAAGGGCAUUGGGAACGGCAUUCCCCUUGGUGCUGUUGUAACCACCCCGGAGAUUGCAGAGGUCCUGACUCGCCGCAAUUACUUUAACACUUUUGGUGGAAAUCCUGUAUGCACAGCUGCAGGACUAGCUGUUUUGAAGGUGAUUGAGAAAGAAAAGCUUCAGGAGAAUGCAUUUAUUGUUGGUACCUAUCUCAAAGAGAGACUUACCGCUCUCAAGGACAAAUAUGAAGUUAUUGGAGACGUGAGGGGAAGAGGACUAAUGCUUGGAGUUGAACUGGUCACCGAUCAUCAGUUGAAAACCCCUGCCAAAGCUGAAACUUUACAUAUCAUGGACCAAAUGAAAGAUCUGGGGGUUCUGAUAGGAAAAGGUGGAUAUCAUGGAAAUGUAUUCAGAAUAACACCUCCCCUUUGCUUCAACAAGGAAGAUGCAGAUUUCUUGGUGGACGCUCUGGUUUACUCAAUGGCCAAGCUGUGAAGUUAAGCUGUGAAGCUCACAACAUACCAUUGACACCCAUUGAUGCCCUGCUGAAAAUGCUUGACGCCCUCUCUGGAUUCUCGACACCACAUCUGGAAGGUCAUUUUGCAAAGUAACUUGUGAAAAUCUAUUUUCACUAAUUAGUUUUUUUUUUUAAUUACAAGUAUAAAGAAGGCUAUAUGAUCUCUGUUCCUCGUGAUUGCAUGAGUCGUAUCUCCCAAGCGUGGCUUCUAAUGACAAAAUAUCGUACUAACAUAUUAAAGUUACAGUCUAUAGAUCUUCGCUAGCUUAAUGUAUCUAAUCUAUCAAGUACCCAAAAACUAGUAAGGAUUAUCAAUUUAUGUCAUUUUCUCAUAUAGACAAGGAACAUGUUAUUAUCGGCACAUCUUGACACUGCACUAUAUGGAAUAAUGAUCUUAACAACUUUUUCUUUCUUCUUUUUUCUUUUCUAGACCAAAUUUAACUGGCUUACGUAUAUAUUAGUGUGGAAUGACAUGUCCAACGCAUGUUUGCUUUUAUAUGAGCAAUAAAUGUGUAACCUAACAUUUGGGCUUGCGUGUAAUGGGUUGUGUUGUGUCAUUGUUCACAAACGAUAUUAAAACGUUUUGAUGUAAUGGUAUGCCUUGUUUAUCGUGAAAACAAUAUUAUUGUAAUUUUCCAAUAAUGAUAUUAUCAAAGAAGCAUAAAUAGAAGUGAGAGAGAGAGAGAGAGAGAGAGAGAGAGAGAGAGAGAGAGAGAGAGAGAGAGAUGGGAAAGAGUGUCGACAUGUUUGGAGCGAGUUGCCCCAAACAACUCGUACGGACAGUUUAAUAUAAUGUACACGUAUAGAUCUUCAGAGGGAUGAGUACACUAUGUCCUCAUCUUAUAUUUCGGCUCUGACAACCUUCCAAAUUACCAUAAUACCCCUAUGUGUUUUUGAAAGAAUCACAGCAAUACAAAAAUUAUAUUAAAAAAAAAAAGUCUACAACAAACAGAUUCAUAUUAUCACAGAUCUAUAUACAAGAGAUGGUUUAAAACCCCAUCAAUUUUUUUAUUUAAAAAAUAUUUAAAUCCCCAAUGAAAAUAAAAAGGGAAAUUAAUCCUCCUAAAUUAAACUUUUUCAAACUAGGGUUUUCUGGUUUGACUCAAACCAAUAGUUUGACAAUUGUAACAAGUAAUUUGACAAAUAAAUACACACGAGAGAUAUAGAGUUAGUUUUAUAAGGAAAGGACAUUUUAGUAAUAACAUGGGUUUUCGUAUAUAAGUAUAAUAAUACCAUAUGAACACAAGUGAUGUAAUUAUUAUCUGAGCUACCAAAUGUAGACUAUAUAGCUAGCUAGACACAAGAAAAUAGAGCUCAUAUGCUAUGUUCCAAUUCCAUGUUUAAGGAAGAAAAAAAUGUGGACAGAGAUGAAGGAUGGAGUUUCGAUAAUGAUGUCAGUGAUUUUGAGAAAAAACAUCCAAAUGUUUCGUGAAAUAGGUGCGUUGUUUAAGGAUUUCUUCUGGGUCUUAACGUCGACGGUUCAGUUUUCCGGCAUGCUUUUCCGGCCAACCACCGCCGUUAAUUCCAGGGCCAACAGGUACUACUCCGCUAGUUCUUCGAGAAGAUUAUAUACCAUCUGAUCGAUCAUCAUACUUAAUUUAAUUACCAUUUGUGUAACUCUCUCUACUAUGGCUAAUUAUUUUUAUUUAAAUUAUUAUAUAUAUCAUUAUUGUUCAAUCAAUCCAUUAUAUAUAACUUUCUUCAAUUCAUUUUGGUGAUCAGACUACAUUUUUUUUUGGGUGUAAUUGUAAUAAUCUAUGUCUUUUAUAUAUAGAUCCAAGAAAUAUUGAUGUGUUUUUGGAAUAUAUUGUUAUCAUUUUGGUGCU